GUCUCCACCGGCGCGCAUUCCCAGCUCGAACUAAAAAUGUUUCUCUUAGAGCUGCUCCUCGCAGCGACGGUAGCUUUGGCGAUAAGUCCUUCGGCAGCCGAUAGUAGUUUGGAAGAUUUUUGCAAUGGAAUAAAUGCCGGCAUCUUCCCGCAUCCGGAUCCACACAAAUGUUACAAGUUCAUCUCUUGUGUGUUCGAGCAGCCGACCGUCUAUGAGUGCGAUGAAGGUUUCGUGUUCAAUGUGCAUCACUCGGAGUGCGUUCCCGGUCAAUGGGAACACUGCGAACGAAAUCACGAACUGGAGGAGCUCUGCUCCGAGGUGUCGUAUGGUGUGUUCGAAUAUCGCUGGGACUGUGCGAAGUUCGUGUUCUGCCAGCGUGGCAACGCUUCGGUUUUCGAGUGCUUACAGGCGGAAAUUUGGUCCCAAGAGCGGGGAACUUGUGUGGCUGGUGAUAGAGAGACCUGUCGACCGAAGGACUCACACUGCGUUGGAAAGCCAGAUGGACCAGUUGCGCUUCCGGGCAGCUGUCAGUCAUACAUUGAGUGCCGUAAUGAACAAGGUAGCAUUGUGGAGUGCCCGCGAGGUUAUAUUUUCGUUGGCACAGGAUGCGUAGUGGGGAGCGUUCGAACGUGUGAAUCAUUGGAGCACUUGUGCAGAGCUAAUUCCAGCGUGUCUAAACAUCCACAUCCGGAUUUUUGUGAUUUGUACAUCACGUGCGAUAGAGGCCAGUCAAACGUGCAUUCCUGCCCAGUUGGAGAGAUUCUUCGGCCAGAUAUGCAAGUGUGUGUUCCUGGCAAUUCGAACAAUUGUACGUAUACAUCUGUCGAAGGAAUGUGUGACGGAAGACAGGGCCCUGUUGUUUAUCCCCAUCCGCAAAGAUGUGAUCAAUACGUUCGUUGUGAACAAGACGAUCUGUACGUGAACACUUGUCCGCCGGACACAAUCGUUCAACCCGUAACACUCCAAUGCGUUCCAGGAAUUCAAGAAACCUGCACCUUCUUCGAUGACCUAUGCUUAGCGCAGCCUAACGCAAUCAUUCCUCAUCCGUCAAGAUGUGAUCGGUUCAUCGAGUGUCAAUCUGGACGGGCAUCGAUAUCCGCCUGUCCUGAGGGACAUGUUUUCGUGAAUUCAACAUCGAGUUGUGUUCCUGGCAACACCGUAACCUGCACCAGAUUGGAUCAGCAAUGCACUGGCAGAGAAGAUUCGAACCUGCCGCAUCCAAACGGGUGCCACUUAUUCGUUAGUUGUCGCAAUGGUGUCACAUCCGUACAAAGUUGUCCCGAGGGGGAAAUUCUGCGCCCGGAUAUGCAAGUUUGUGCCCCUGGCAACAGAGAAACUUGUCAGUUUACGCCGAUAAAUGGGAUGUGUAAUAAUCGGCCGGGGCCGGUGGUGUAUCCGCAUCCGGUUAAUUGUACUCUAUUGGUCAGAUGUGAGCAAGGUCAAAUAAGCAUUGAGUCAUGCGGAGAGGGAACCGUUUUACAGCCAAGGACGUUAGAAUGCGUCGCCGGAAACCAGAAUACCUGCCAGCUUUACAUCGACCGUUGCGUGGGACAAGAGGACGGUACCAUACCUCAUCCAUCGGAGUGUCAUCUGAGGCUACGCUGCCGUUCAGGCUCAGCAUCAGUAGAAUCGUGUCCUCGAGGAACCAUUUACAACACCGCCGGUCGAUGUGUUUUAGGUGAUAGAGAGACCUGUGAGUCUUUGGAACAAGUCUGCGCUACAAUUCCCAACAAACUGAUCGAGCAUCCCAAUUUCUGCGAUCUGUCCAUCGAAUGCCGUGAUGGGACCACCUCCAUGCGAACCUGUGCUGCUGGGUUGAUCUUCCAUCGUAACAUGCAAGUUUGCAGCCCGGGAGACGUGAACAUCUGUCGAUUGGAGGAGGUGAACGAAAUGUGCGCAGGGCGAAACCAGGGCAGAUUUCCACUGCCAGAUCAGUCGGAGUGUAUCGACUAUGUGACCUGCUCAAAUGGGCUUCCAACGGUGAAUUCCUGUCGUGAUGGUACCGUGUUACGUCCAAGAUUUCUGGAUUGUGUUCCGGGCAGACAGGCCACGUGCGAGUUCUUCCCCCACAUUUGCCUCUUCCGACCCAAUGAGAACAUUCCCCAUCCGAUCCGAUGCGAUCUGUUUGUGGAGUGUAUAUCGGAGAUGCCACACGUGGUUUCCUGCCCGGAAGGGAUGAUUUACUCGCCCGAGAUGGAUGUUUGCUUGCCAGGCGAUUCCGAGACCUGCGAGUUCCACAAUAGAAGACAAUAAAUGAA